UUCAGUUCGACGAGAGCCGGCGAACGGAACGCAACACGCAAACAAAUCGUAAGAAGAGAAAAGCAAAGCAAAGCGAAAAGCGCCAGAAACUGUCGUCGCGUCGCCGCUGGUUUGGCCCGGAAAACACACACAAAACAGUCUUUGCACGGGUGAAAAUUGCGCGCGCGUCCGAGUGUCAACUGCUGAUCGGUCCGCUGAUUGUAGAGCACCCAACCCAUUCACCAGUUUCGCCCCAAAGCGUAAUAUUCCCACAAUCGAAUUUCGCCAAAAAACGUAAAUUCAAAAAUCCAAAAAUUGGACAACAAAAAGGGCAUCGUCGACGAAGCCAGUAUCAACGGAGCUGCUGUUCAGCUGUGAUUUCUGCGUGUUUCCCUGACUGAGUUUUCCCUGAGUUGUUUUCCCCUGUUUUGUUUAUGAUCUGAGAGACCCACAAAGGGGCAUUUCCAUUGUGCGCGGCGACAAAAGCAACAAAUUGGCGCGCAAUUUCAUUCUAUUCUCCCCGCGAUUCCCAAUUCUCAAUCUCAAUUCUGAAUGCAAAUUGCACUCGCGACACACAAAUUGAACCUUUGACAGGCGGCAGGGCAGAGGCAGCAGCAGCAGCAGCAGCAGAAGCAGAGACAACGCGUCGUAUGCGUAGUCCGUGGAGCGGCCUGGAAGGAGGAGGUAGGAGGAGCUGUAGUAUCACUCUAUGAGGAGGGAAGCUAGAAACGUGUGUGAAAAAAAAGUACGAAAUAUCGAAAUCAAAAUCAAAAUCAAAGUAGAAAUGGAAAUGAAAGGCGUGCGCAGGCUUCAAUAAAUUAUGCGUUUCUGAGGAGCGAGAAUUAUUCUUCUCGCCUGCGUGGAGUGGAGUGGAGUGGAGUUCUGAGUUCUGAGUUCCGUGUCCGUGUCCCCCCUCUUGCCGCACUGUCUUGUGCCAGAGAGAAGAGAGACACACACACAAAAGAGAAGGCAAUUGAAAAUGCGAUUCAUAUCGACACCAACAGCAACAACUACAACAGCUCCAGCAAUCUCGAUAGAAGCAACAACUAGAAGAAUAACUACGAGUGCGAGUACAGCAACAAUUACAACAAGCUCAGCAGCAGAAGCAACAACUGUGGCUUGGCUACAACACCUGCCCUGCACCGCCAGCCCCCGCAGCCGCAGCCGCAGCCUGAGGCUCGACACCAACCCAAACCCCACCCCCAACCCAGAAGUGAUCCACGGGCGAGAGAAGGCAACAACAUGUCAAGCAUAAUUAAUUUCCGAUUCUGUUGUUACGAGCACUGCCGCCAAUUUCUGGCACCACCCGCCGCCCCGUCUGGGUCUGGAAGCGCCCCCGAUCUGGAAGUGUAAUUACGGUCAUAAUUCACCGGAGCAACUGCAACAAGCAACAGCAAUAGCAACAACCACAACAACGGGAAGAGCACCCACCACUGGACAGACAUUCGCAGUACUUUGCAGGAAGAACAAUUCAAGGAAGAGCAUUGGAGGCCGAAAAACUAAUAGAGAUUUCUGAAGAACUCGAUCGAAUGGUGAAAAUGUGUUGCAAAUCGAGUGGCAAGUGGAAACCUUGUGGCCCGUCUCCCAGCGGACAGCAGCCAGAAUCAACAUCAACAUCAACAUCAACAUUGAGGCGGCAAACACAUUGCAGAACGAUUCUCGCACUGAUCCUGCUCUCGAUGCUCCCACUGCAGACGACGACUGCCGCCGGAGUCGGGGAUAGUCUUCAUGGCGAUCUUCUGUCUUGCUCGGUCGAGGGAGAGGAGGUUCUGACGGGCAUCCAGAACUCCAAGUGCUUCAAGUGCAUCUGCCAGAAUGGCUUUGUGAACUGCGCCAAGACAUGUCCGGCCAUCGACGACUGCUACCUGCUGGAGUCCAAGCUGGAGGCGAGCGACCCCUGUUGCCGCAAGUGUAAAGGUUGCAUCUUUCGUGGGCUGCCCUAUGCGAGUGGCGCCGAGUGGAGCGACCCGGAGGAUCCCUGCAAGACGUACAAGUGCAUCGCUAGUGUUGUCACCGAGACAAUACAAAAGUGUUAUUCACAGUGCGACGACAACCAGCUGCAGGCGCCGCGUCCCGGCGAGUGCUGUCCCACCUGUCAGGGUUGCAAGAUCAACGGACAGACGGUGGCCGAGGGCCAAGAGGUCGUCGCCUCGAUCGACGAUCGCUGCUUGGUCUGCCAGUGCGGCGACAACCAAUUGACUUGCGCCAAAAUGACCUGCCCCAUUCUGCAGUGCCCCAAGACGAAGCAGAAGCAGCACCCCAACGAGUGCUGCCCCCGCUGCACGGAGCAGCGGGUCUUCAUACCAGUGACAGGAAAGUGCAUCUUCAACAACAAACUCCACUAUGACAAGACGCAGUUCAUGCCGGAUCGCUGCACCAACUGCACGUGUCUGAAUGGCACCUCCAUCUGCCAGCGGGCCACGUGCCCCAUCCUGGAGUGCGCCCCCGAGUUCCAGGAGGACGACGGCUGCUGUCCCCGCUGUGCGGUGGCCGAGGUGCGCAGCGAGUGCAGUCUGGAGGGGAUUAUCUACAAGAACAACGAGACGUGGAACAUGGGCCCCUGCCGGAGCUGUCGCUGCAACGGCGGCACGAUUCGCUGCUCGGAGAUGCGCUGCCCCGAGGUGAAGUGUCGGGCCAACGAGGAGCUGAAGCUGCCGCCGGGCGAGUGCUGCCCGAGGUGUGUGGAGACGGCGGGCACCUGCACCGUCUUCGGGGAUCCGCACUUCAAGACCUUCGACGGGAAGUUCUUCAGCUUCCAGGGCAGCUGCAAGUACCAGCUGGCCGCCGACUGCCAGGGCCACAGCUUCCACAUUCGGCUGACGAACGACGGACGCGGCACGAAGCGCUCCAGCUGGGCCAAGACGGUGACCCUCAAGCUGCACAACCUGCGCAUCAAUCUCGGCCAGAAGCUGCGCGUCAAGGUGAACGGAACGCGGGUGGUGCUGCCCUACGCGGGCCGUGCCGGCGACCAGAACGUGACCAUCGGGCGGCUGGCCGAGGGUGGUGGCGUCCUGCUGCGCUCGGAGCUGGGCCUGGCCAUCGAGUGGGAUGGCAGCGGCUUCCUGCAGGUCUCGGUGCCCGCUCACUUCAAGCACCGGAUGUGCGGCCUGUGUGGCAACUUCAAUGGCAGCGGGCGCGACGAUCUCACGGGACGCGACGGGCGUCAGCACGGCGACGACGAGGUCUGGCACUUUGCCAACUCCUGGAAGGUGGGCGGCCCCAAGUCCUGCUCCCGCCCACGCGAGAACAUCGCCGCCCUGCCCACGUGCAACAAGCGGCGGUCGAGCUUCUACUGCCAGCCGCUGCGCGUCUCGGAAGUAUUCGGACACUGUGAUAGUAGGCUUAAUCCCAUCAACUACAUCGACUCCUGCCGCAUGGACGUCUGCGAGUGCCCCUCGGGCAGCUGCCACUGUGACAGUUUCGCGGCCUACGCCCACGAGUGCCGCCGCCUCGGCGUCCAGCUGCCCGACUGGCGCACGGCCACCAACUGUCCCGCUGGCUUCAGGCGGAAUGCCACACUCGCGAACUUCCUGGACAACGAGUACUACGGGGACAGCUUGAGGCGGUUUCCCGGUCCAAACUCCUUCAAGGGAAGGCGACGCAAGCAGCAGCAGCAGCAGCACCUUCAGCAUCUCCAGCAGAGCAGGAGCAGGCAGGGCCAGCAUCAGCAUCAGCAUCGUCAGCACCAAAAGCAGAAUCAGCUUCUGGACAAUGAGUUCAUCAAGAAGCAUGUCCCCAGCAGCCUGCUGCUGCAGCAGCGUGCGCCGGAUCGCACGCCGCCGCCACUCCACUGAGGGAGAGAGAGAAAGAGUCGCUGCGCUUCUGCUCUGCCAUAAGUUACGACACACACACACGCACACACGUACACUCUGACUCGCACAGAUAGACUCUCCCACACUUUUCGUAGCAUACUUUUAGUGGCGAGAGAGGGAGAGAGUGGGGAAACUUUUAGUUGAAUUCGCUCCCAUGACAGACAGACAGACAAACACGACAGACACGACAGACCCAGGCAGCAGUAUUACGCUGAAGCAUUACGUACAGUCAGUCCCCUGGCAACAGGCAGAUACAUGCAUAAAUAUAUACAUGCUAUAUACACAGAUAUAUAAUGUACAUGGGGAUACAAUGCACUAUCCAUCAAUGAAACUCAUCCUCCAACUGUCGCCAUUUCGCAUAGAGCCUAAGUUUUAUUUAUUUUAGCUUUAGUAAAGGAAUUUUCUUGAUUAGAUCAAACAUGGAUGUAUUUUAAAUGGGAGUAAUCUGCCCCAAAUAGUGUUGUGUGUGUGCCUGAUUUUGUAUUUGUAUUUGUAUUCCUGUAUGCGUGUGUGUGCACUAAGUUUUGUACUCUCCUAGCAUGGCCUCGUGUACUUAGAGUUAGCGCCAAAAAAAACCUAGCUAAAGUUUGCUUAAAAUUUAAGCCCUAAGCCUAAGUUCCCCACACCCCUAGAACAGCACCUGGAACAGCUACUGCUACAAUACCUACUACAUACGUAUGAGAAUAGCACAAAACAGUAUUUUUUGCUUAGUUAGAACCCCCCUAUCCGGUCUGGAUCCUACUCUCCAACCUUGCUCUAGACCCGCUCAAAGACGAAGGACAAUCCAAUUUUCAGCGCCGCUUAGCCUUAACCUAGCCCCCGUUUACUUUUUACCCCCAAAACUGUGUUAAUAUUUAUAAACCCCACAUACAUAUACCAUGCGAAACUACUUCUACUACUCCAACUACUCGUAUUUAUGCACUUACUCCUAAUUGUAACUCGUAAACGCAGUCCCGAUGGAAUCAUCCCGAGGGAUGCUCUUUGCCAUUUCUCACUUAUAGUUGCAGAUUAAUCGAGUUGAAUGAACCUUAAUGUAAUUUACCUAACUAUAAACAUACAAGAUACAAGAUACAAGACACUUCUUGAAAUAUACUUAGUAGUCGAUGGCUGGAUCUGUACAUUUGCCAGACAAGACAAAUAUCCUAAGAGAGGAGGAAAGAACAAACGGACAAGCCCAAUGCAACAGCCAAAUUGCAAAUGGAUGAUGAAAUGAAAUUGAAAUAUACGAAAAACAAAGCUAA